CUCACCUGUGCAGUGACAACAGUGAAGAGAAAACAUGGCUUUAGUUCCAGCAGGUCCUGAUUUGAGGAUUGUGAUGAUUGGAAAAACUGGUGUGGGCAAGAGUGCUGUUGGGAACACCAUCCUGGGAUAUGAGCGUUUCAGAUCUUGUCCUUUAUCUGUAUCAGUGACUGAGUUCUGUCAAAAAGCUUGGGUACAGUGGGGGAAGAGAGUAGUUAGUGUUGUAGACACACCAGGGAUCCUGGACACUUCAAAAUCAGAUGAGUUCAUCAAAAGUGAAAUCGUCAAAUGUGUUGAAGUCUCCUGUCCCGGUCCUCAUGUGUUCCUGUUGGUCAUCCAAAUCGGCCGAUUCACAAGAGAAGAGAAAAACUCAGUGGAAGCCCUGCAGGAGCUGUUUGGCCCCGAGGCAAACAAGUACAUGAUUGUGCUCUUCACCCGAGGUGGUGAUCUUGGAAGCGUAACCAUAGAGCAGUAUGUACGUGACGCUGAGCCAGGGCUUAAACGCAUCAUCCAAAGCUGUGGAAACAGGUACCACGUAUUUGACAACACCAGCAGAGACAGAAAGCAGUUGGUGGAGCUCAUCAAGAAGAUCGACAAAAUGGUGUCAGCAAAUAAGGGCACGCACUACACAGACGCCAUGUUUAAAGAGGUGGAGGAAGCACGCAAAAAGGGAGUAACAGUGCAGCAGUAUAGGUUCACUGAGUCUUUGUGUAAACGUAUCAAACUUUUUCGCAUCAUUCUUGGGAAAGAUUAAACUGCUGUGGUUAAUUGUAAUUAUUCUAUUCUAAAUAGGACAGCUGUUGUUUUACCUACAUGAAAUAUACAAUCUGUUCAUGAUGGCAGACAGAGUGUAGAUAGUUUAUGUUGAUUUCCCAUGAAAAAAAUAAUAAAAUAAAAUAUUAUUGAUUAAGUGAAUUUGUCUUUUAAAUUUGAAGAAGAAAGUAUGUGAAAGUUAAAUAAUGAUCAUAUAAUCAUCAUUGUUAUAUAAUAAUCAUAAUAUAAGCGGUGCUAUUAUAAUUAUUGAUUGUCUCUGUUGUAUCUAUUCUAAUUUGUAUGUGAGCAUCAUAUCAUGGUGAUUAUGUCUGAGCUGACGUUUACAGUGUUUAAAUUUAGUUGUAAAUUUGGGAGACACAAGAUAAAUUUAGUCAAUUAAAUAUUUUAUGCAAAUGGGACUGUGAAUUGUUUUCUGAUUUAAAGAAUGUGGACUUCAGUUUCUAAUGAGAAGUCUUUAUUUUGGGUCUAUUCUGCUCUGGCUGUUUGUAUUAAAAACGUA